CGAUAUAGCCCUAGGAGGAAGAAGAAGAAGAAGAAGAAGCGCAAACGUUGGGCUAGUUUUACAAAACGAGAUUCUUUUCAAAAUAGUCGGUAAAAAUGAAGUCUUAAUCAUUACAGAACUUGUACUGCGUUAUACUUCUGCUGUUUUACAAACCUCGUUGGCCGAAUGGAUUCAUGUGCGUGUCCUUAAUGUAACGUAACGUAACGUUAAGGCGCGCGCGCUGUGCUGAACGAUGGCUGCCCAGAGAGGGCUCCCUCAAAGCAAAGAGUCGCUGCUACAGAACUACAACAAGAGACUGAAAGAUGACAUCCGGUCCAUCCUGGACAACUUCACCGAGAUUAUCAAAACGGCAAAGAUAGAAGACGAGACCCAGGUUUCCAGGGCAACGCAGGCAGAGCAGGACCAUUAUGAGAUGCACGUCAGAGCCGCCAACAUCGUUCGAGCCGGCGAGUCCCUGAUGAAGCUGGUGUCGGAUCUGAAGCAGUUCCUGAUCCUGAACGACUUUCCGUCGGUGAACGACGCCAUCAGCCUCCAGAACCAGCAGCUGCGCUCGCUGCAGGACGAGUGCGACAAGAAGCUGACGUCGCUCCGGGACGAGAUCGCCAUCGACCUGUAUGAGCUAGAGGAAGAAUAUUACUCCUCCAGGUACAAGUAGGCUCAUGACACCCCCGACCCCCCACAUCCCAGCUCACUGUUGUGUCCCAUGCCCCCACCUGCACCAUGUGCUGUCUCACCUUCAACGCUGAAUCCCCCCCCCCCCACACUGGGACAGCAUCAAACCUGACAACUUUGGGUCGUCAUAUCCAUAAAACGCUGUCGUUCAUCAACGCAGAUCUUUGCCGAGGCUCGUUGCCAUGGCGAUCGUCUCGCUAUAUGACUUUAUUGAUUAAUAAGUGCCUUGACAUGUUUUGUUUCAUAGAGCAUAGUGGACUGAGGGCUACUCGGGAUUUGGAAGAAAUAAUAAUAGUUAGUUUUAGUUCAAUGUUGCAAUUAUUAUUUUUUGACUUCAGGAAAGAUGUAUUUAUUAAACUAAAAAACAACAAAUCCACAGGCAGAACACCUUGAACCGUACAUUACACCGUAUUUAAAACCAGGAAAAGACAACACUUAGGCCAUAUUACGAAAUCCCAAAUCUAAGACAAAAUCUAGUCUCAUAUCACGAUAUCCCAAAUCUAAGACAAUAUCUAGUCUCAUAUCACGAUAUCCCAAAUCUAAGACAAUAUCUAGUCUCAUAUCACGAUAUCCCAAAUCUAAGACAAUGUCUAGUCUCAUAUCACGAUAUCCCAAAUCUAAGACAAUAUCUAGUCUCAUAUCACGAUAUCCCAAAUCUAAGACAAAAUCUAGUCUCAUAUCACGAUAUCCCAAAUCUAAGACAAUAUCUAGUCUCAUAUCACGAUAUCCCAAAUCUAAGACAAUGUCUAGUCUCAUAUCACGAUAUCGAUAUCAAUAUAAUCGGUAUAUUGCUCUAGGUUGAUCUACUGCUGGGUUGGUUGGUUGUUGUAAGUGGUGAUCCCACAGUUUCCUGGUCUGCGGCGUCCAAUAGGAUUUAGAGAGGUUUUAACAAAUCAGGCACAUGGGAUGGAUGCACGGUUUAGUGCACGCGUGUCAAAGCCGAGGCCCCCGGCCCAACCCGGGCCCUCGCAGACUCUGAUCCGACUCCACAUCAAUUUAGGUUAACAGUACAUGUUGGCCUGUCUAGUUUUUGUCGCUUCCUCCGACAUUUUGGGGCUUCUUUUAACGAUUUUUACACUGUUUGGGUAUCUUUUUCUAAAGGUUUUUUCCAGCGUUUUCCAUACUUUAUUAACACUAUUUUCAACAUUUCUAGUGCUUUUUUUUUUUCAACGUUUUUGUCACAUUUUCCGACAUUCUUGGCAUAUUUGACUUUUUGGAUGAAAUCAAAGCAUGUUAUUGAACUGUACACGCCUGGCCCUCAACGGGAUUCUUUUUUUUUUUCCAGUGUGGCCCUUAGAGAAGUUGAGUUUGACACUCCUGGGUUAUGGGAUGUAUGUAACGAGGCCUUUGCUCCUAGUUCGUUCACUACUCAAGUCAUUUGAAUUGAAGUAAUGAAGUUAUUGACUUAUUUUAUUCAUGGAUGAAUUGUUAGAUGGUUGUUAAUAAAGGGCUUCUGGGUAGAGCUUUGUAGGAAGGCCAUUUUUAGAAGAAUUACACAUUGAAAGAACAGAAACUUUAUCAGUAUAAAGAUUUUUAUAGAUCAUCAGAGUAUUUAUAUGCCAUAUUUAAAUCAUGAAUGGAACAGUGGUGAUGAUUUUGUUCGGGAGAGUUUAGGGAUGGUCGGUGCAUGAAUGUUAGGCAUCGACUCUGAAAUUAGACACGACUGUUUGCUGUUAUUUAUUCAAGAUCCUAUCUGAAACUACUAAGCGUUUCUCCAGUUUUUUUUCUGUCUUUCUGUAAAAGCAAGUCUAAAAAGGUGAUUAUUUUGAAUUGAUUGCGUCCUAACGCCACAAGUGUCUCGAGCUGUAACCAUGCAAGCUGUUCCGGUAGAGACCCAGAAUGAUAAGAAAUAAAGUAGAGACAAAACACUG